UUGGCGUGAACAACCAUCGCCAAUUUUUGCUUUUCGUCACGACAUUGGUGACAGGUAUCGUUCUCUUCGAUUACCUCACAUAUGCCUGUAAGUGGUUACGUCUCAGCGGCGAAGUCAGCUAAAUGCGGACGUUACCACGCAGACUUCUCGUCAAUCGAUAUUCCCACCGACCCUGCGCAUAUCUCCCCCAUCUGCAUUCUUCCCAGUUACCUUUGCGCACUCACUGCGUACGACACCUUCCUCUUCUCUGUCGCAUGCUGGUCGACGCUCCAAUUGUCAUGGACCAUAGUCCUCCUCGCUAGCCAGUACUGGCAGGUCGCGCGCCAGCUGACGACAUUCGAAGUAUCCAACCUUGGGCGAUAUGGCUUUAUGGGCGGGCGCGGUGGUGCGAGCCUCGGCUCCCAGAUGGGGCACCAGCACAACCAACACCAGGGCAUGCCCGGCGGCGAUGGCGCAGCAACGCCCACGGGGCAUAACCACAAGCACAGCCAUGGUGCGUGCGGAGGGUGCGGGAGUGGGUUCCUGAUGAACCUCCUCGGGUUCGACCGCUUCACGAAGGGCAAGGCUGCCGAUGGGCUCGCGCGUGCGGGCAAGGCGCCGAACCCCUUCGACCUUGGCAUAUUCGGCAAUUGCAAGGACUUCUGGACGAAGGGUCGUGAGCUCGGCGUCGAGUAUGAGCGGUUGUAUGACGUGCCCCCGGAUGGUUUCAAGGAGGCGAAGAGGAGGAGGCAGAGCGAGGAGGGCGAGGAGAUGCACGGGGAGGGGAGGAAGAGCGUGAGGAAGAGCUUGUUGAUGGGCUUUGGGCUCAGUCGCGGGGGCAGCAGCCGCGCGGGAUACGAGCCGUUGAACCAAGUGUAGGUAGGUGUGCGUUGUGCGUGCUAGUUGCCGUGAGGCGUGUAUCAUGUAUAGUAUAUGUUUCAUUGCACGGACUGAUCUACGAAUCUGUACUCUGAAUGACUCUGGCAUGGCGUGCAGGGGAUCUUCUGGCGUUGUGGUCCUGGGGCUGCC